UCGUUUUCUUUCUCAUUUGGUCCUACUCACGUUGUUCUUUCUGGACUCUGUACUAAGCAUCUCACUCUAACAAACACCUAGAGAGAGAAACAAACAGAGAAGAGAGAGAGAGAGAGAAUGUCUUCCCCAAGCAAACGCCGAGACAUGGAUGUCAUGAAGCUGAUGAUGACUGAUUACAAAGUGGAAACGAUCAAUGAUGGCAUGCAAGAAUUCUUUGUUGAAUUUCACGGACCUAAAGACAGUAUUUAUCAAGAAGGUGUGUGGAAGAUAAGAGUGGAGUUACCUGAUGGUUAUCCUUAUAAGUCUCCUUCUAUUGGUUUUGUCAACAAAAUUUAUCAUCCUAAUGUUGACGAACUGUCUGGUGCGGUUUGCUUAGAUGUUAUUAACCAAACUUGGAGUCCAAUGUUUGAUCUCGUUAAUGUGUUUGAAGUGUUUCUUCCUCAACUUCUUAUAUACCCCAAUGCAGCAGACCCAUUGAAUAGUGAUGCUGCUGCCUUGAUGAUGCAAGACCGUACUGCAUAUGAACAAAAAGUCAAAGAAUAUUGUGAAAAAUAUGCCAAGCCGGAAGAUAUUGGAGCUUCUAAGGAGGAAGUUUCUAGUGAUGAAGAGCUGAGUGAAGAUGAUGAUUAUGCCUCGAGUGAUGACGACAUUGCUGGAAAACCUGAUCUCUAAAUUAUUAUACUCACAAUGUCUGCCUUAUUACAUUCGUGCUUGUACAUGCCUACAUGAUAUGAUAUUGAAGUACUGGAAUUAAGAAACAAUUUCUGACGGUUGAAGGAAAAAUCCUCACCUUUUUAUCUGUCUAUUAUUCCUUGGGGGUUUUGUAAAUUUCUUAAUGAUUUAAAUGUUUUAUAUAUUUACUUUUGUUA